CACUUUAAAAGGAAACAUAAAGCAAGGACACCUCCCUUUCUCAUCUCCAUCUCAAACUCUCACUUCCUCCUUGAUUUAGAGUGAGCUCUGGCCGCAGCUGCUGGCGUUCACACACUCCUCUCCAUCUGUCAGCGUCCAGCGUCUCAUCCUCUCGCCUCAGGAGCCAGAGUCCCUCCCAAGCCACAGUUCGCAGGUCAUCAUGUCUAGGAAGGUGGUCAGGGCAAGUAAGUUCCGCCACGUCUUUGGCCAGGCGGUGAAGGCUGACCAGUGCUAUGAUGACAUCAGGAUCUCCCAGAUGACCUGGGACAGCAACUUCUGCUCGGUCAACCCUAAGUUUGUGGCCAUGAUCGUGGAUGCCAGCGGUGGAGGAGCUUUCAUUGUCCUGCCCCUGAACAAGACGGGUCGCAUUGACAUGUCCAUGCCCACUGUCUGUGGUCACACUGGGCCUGUAUUGGACAUUGAAUUUUGCCCACAUAAUGACAACAUCAUUGCCAGUGGCUCUGAAGACUGUAGUGUCAUGAUCUGGGAGAUUCCAGAUGGGGGUCUCAUAUCACCACUGAAGGACCCAGUUGUGAAGCUGGAAGGUCACUCUAAACGUGUGGGCAUCCUCAGCUGGCACCCCACUGCCCACAAUGUGCUAAUGAGUGCAGGAUGUGAUAAUGUGGUGAUCUUGUGGAACGUAGUUCAUGGAGAGGCAGUGGUGCGCAUUGACUCAAUGCACACUGAUCUGAUCUACAGUGCCUGCUGGAACAGAAACGGCUCUCAGAUCCUCACUUCCUGCAAGGACAAGAAAUUACGAGUGAUAGACCCCCGCAAGGGCACCCUCAUCUGUGAGAAGGACAAGCCUCAUGAGGGCUCCAGGCCAGUCAGAGCUGUGUUUGUGUCUGAUGGGAAGAUCCUGACCACCGGUUUCAGCCGCAUGAGUGAGCGUCAGGUGGCGCUGUGGGAUCCUAACAACUUCAGUGAGCCCUUGAACCUGCAGGAGCUGGACACCAGCAGUGGGGUGCUGUUACCUUUCUUUGACCCUGACACUGGUGUGGUCUACCUUUGUGGCAAGGGUGACAGCAGCAUCAGAUACUUUGAGGUGACGGACGAGGCCCCAUACGUUCACUAUCUCUCCAUGUACAGCAGUAAAGAGAGUCAGAAGGGAAUGGGCUACAUGCCUAAGAGAGGCCUGGAAGUCAACAAGUGUGAGAUUGCAAGGUUCUAUAAACUCCACGAGAGAAAGUGUGAACCUAUUGUAAUGACUGUGCCUCGAAAGUCUGACUUGUUUCAAGAAGACCUUUACCCCGAUACAAUUGGUCCAGAGCCGUCAGUAGAGGCAGAUGAAUGGUUUGCUGGUAAAGAUGGGGAACCCAUCCUGAUCUCCCUGAAAGAUGGUUUCGUGGCUACCACCAAAAAUAAAGAGUUCAAAGUCAUCAAGAGCUUGAUGUCCACCACAGCAUCUUCCUCAAGCAACCGACAGUCUGACACUGGGGACGUGCAGGGCUUGCAGAAUGAGGUAAAGGAGCUGAGAGAGAUGGUUGAGCAGCUGACCAAGCGAGUGAGCGAACUGGAGAGCAAGUAGCUGAAGCGAGACCCCAGGUUUAAAAGAAAAACACAAAUGGACAUGUAGAAGAUAUGCAAAUAAUGAAAUCGAAGAAGGUGCAUAUCGGAAAGAACAUUUUGUAGAAUUAUGUGAAAAGUUUUCAUUGGAUACCAUUCUGCAGUCCAUUUCAGACCAAAUUUUGAUCUUCAGGGAUUUCACUUUCUUAAAAAGAAUUUUUUAAUGUGACCAGAUUUAUUUUAAAGCCCAUUUUAAUAUAUGUUUUAUAGGAUUUGAAAUAAAUGGCAGUGUUAUUUUAA